UUGUCGCUUUAAAUAUUUCUGCCUUAAAGGAUCAUGGGUAAUACAGUUCUCUUUUUUUCUCCUCCUCUUGCUAGGCAGUAGGAUAUUCGAUCGCCUUGAGUAAAACUUUCUUAAUUUGUACUGGAUGUUGUGGAACGCGGGACGCCCGUCAUGACGAAAGUGGAUUGUAACAUUAUUCGUGCUGUCUUCGUGGCGAUUGGAGUCGUUUCGUUUACGUUGAAGCUUAUCGGCUGAGCUUAGCUUGGCUCGCUAACAAAGGGACGCGUUUGUGAUCAACACUUCGUUAUCCAGAGAUCAAGCGUGAGUGAUCGUGGAGUGAAAAUGUGUGCAAGAACGUCAGCAGCGUACCAGGAUGAACUUUGGGGACCAAAAGAGGAAAAGAAGCCACAACGUCAACUACUGGACGCUGUGUUCAAUCUACAGCCUCGAAUUGUGCUACGCAGAGCAGAAUGAUCCACUGGAAAAGCAGAUGCCAGAACGGGCUGAGAACAACGGUGACCCAUUAAGGACUUCAACUCCAUCGUCAAGGGUGUAUCCACACGCGAAUGGUUCUGCAUGCCACACAUCUGGGAGCCAAACCUCCUCCAAGUCCUUGCCAGUUCUGCUUGAGACCAUGAAGUACUCAGACAUCACUGAAUAUCUUCAUCGUGAGCGGCAGAAACCAGUGCCCCCUCACGUUAUAGAGGAAGUGGAGGAUGAAGAGGUCCACCACAUCGAGGAAGAGGAGACCAAUUUGGUUAUAAAACAACGGGAAAGAGCACACCCCCACAUCAAGGAGGGAGAGAAAUUGGAGCCCGCUCCUGUUAAAAAAGAGGAUGCAGAAGAGUACCCCCACAUCAAACAUGAAGUAGAGGAGGACAUCAAGUUUCCACCAAUUGGUGUCUCUUUGAAAAGUGUAGAUGAAGGUCGAAGUGAGGAGAGCAGAGGGGCAGAGCCCCCAAGCAGCAACUCAAGUCAACACGUGACAUUAGAAGGUGAUGGAAGCCGCCGUGGAGGAUCACAGCCAGGUGGCCUCUUAGCUACCUUAUCAGACAGUGAUGACAAAACAUCACACUCUUCUGACUAUGAUAAUGAAGGCAGACAGUCUCAAUUUGAUAUGACAUUUCAAACUGACAACAAACAAUGGAACUGUUCUCAGUGUGGCAAAACAUUUGUGAAUGAGAAUAUUUUGAAAAAGCACAUGAAAACACACAGCGCUGAGAAACUUUUUGCCUGUUUAGUUUGUGGUCAAAGAUUCUCUCGGAACCAACACUUAAGACAUGCAAGAACCCACACUGGAAAACCAGCAGGUCUUUUUGAUAAAACACAUUCUAAUUGUGCCCGUUCCCUAAAGCUUGCUGCAGAAAUGCCUAACAGAUCAUCAAUGGUACAGACACAUAAAUCUACAAAACAUAUGACAAGGUACAAGCAAAUAAAAGACAGAAAACACCCAACUGCAAAAGGUCUGUUGGAGUUGUCAGGUAUACAAGGUGAACAUUCAUAUGCAAAGCAAGCCACACCAUCAGAAACAUCUGUGACUAACUCAUCUUCAGAAUGUGUGGACAAGUCACCAUUUUCUGUUGAUGCGACAUCAUCUCGAUCAGAAAAUUUAACAUCAUCAGAAUCUGCUGAAAAACAAUCAUGCAGUUCCCAGCGAUGCAAGAUGAAAAGGGAUGAAUAUCAAAGACUUCUUAUUGAAAAUUCUCAUCUAAAGUCAGCAUUAAACGAUUCAAGAAUAACACAAGAGACUUUCAAAGACAACAACAAAAAAGUGAACUAUUACACAGGUCUUCAGAGCUACAAAACAAUGAUCACUAUUUUUGAGUACAUUGAAGAAUUCAUUCCAGAGAAAACACACACACAUCGUUCUUUAAUGUUGGAUUAAGUCUUUUGGCGGGGCUUCAUCAACUGCAUGCUCAGCCAUUGAAUCCAUGCACAAUGCUAUCGGACUCUUCUCCUUCAAGUUUUCUACUAGGAUGUCCUUGUUGAUGGAGUACCCUCGCUCCACCGCUGUUUGUCUAUGAGACAGAGUGAAGAGACAUUUCAUCAUGUCCCACAGUGCUGCAUACUCUGCUCUGCCAAAACAAAACUGACAAAACUGCCAAGAAAUUCUUCAAGCUUGCAACCGUAUGAAACAUUUUGGAAUUCUGCAUUAAGGUUUGCACUUGCAUGCAAUGAGAAUGGUUUUUUCUUUUUUUUUUAUAUUGAGCAAGGAUUUUGUCACACUCUGAGGCAGUGCACCAUCCUGCAUUGAGGAGAGAGACCCUGUAGGAGUUUCCCAAACAUUGCUAUUGCAUGCUCAGUCUCUGUCACCAUGAUCACAGGGUCCAAGGGAGCUCACGUGUUACACUGCUGGGUACACAAGAGGACUUUUCUCCAUAAUUUUUUUUCCGGUCACAGCAAGGAAGGAUACUCAUUCCUUCUUGAACACCUGUAUGUUCGCUGGAUUUUCAUGGAGUUUUUCAGAUGCCUUCUCUAAAGCUUGUUUUGUGGCAAAUCCUGUGUCCAGUUAUUUGAGUGGCACAUGGAUUGAUUUGUUUUGGAGGUCAAGUUACAGCAGCUGGACAUGUGUUUUCAUCUUUUCCAAUUCUUCCCUUUUAAUAAAGCAUGACAGCAAGAAUCUCAGGAUGGACUGGAGCUCUUUUGCUCAGAAAGGCACGAUUGGUGCAUCAGUCUGGAAUUUCUCCAAAAAAGGUUUCAGCUGUCUAGCAACAAAUGCAAAAAAACGGAGCUUAGCCUGAAAAAAGGGUCAGCUGUGGGUUCCCUCUCCUGUGUCUGUUGGAGUCUUUCCCAUGAAAUCUGUCAUUCUUCUCUCCCUGUUUAAUUGUCCAGAAAUCUUGACAUGGCCUUUUCCUCCUGCAUGACUCCUGAGUCCUGAGACACCUAUGUUACCAAUCUCAAAAGGCUUCCUGCGGAGCUUGCAAUAUGCCCGAUGCACAUCUCCAGACAUUUCUCCUCACCAGUCCCUGAACUGGUGGUGUUGCUUUCACUCAAUUUUGAAUUUGCACUGUCUUCCUGCCAUUGUCACUAAUUCCUGCAAUUUCACAAAUAAACACAUAUUUGAAAGUCUAUUACUACUCAUAUUGACUGUUUUCACUGUAAAUUACUUUCCAUAGCUGAGCCUUUUCAUAUCGUUCAUAUUCUAUGUAUUAUAAGAUAUAAGAAGGUUGAUUGUCAUUGCAGUCAGUGCAAUGAAAUUCCGUUGAGCAUGUCUCUCUGUAGGAGUAUAAAAAAGGAAAGAGUAAUACACACCAAAGAGCUCCCAUAUGCAAAGUUUAUUUAGCGUGUUUGAUGUUUCGAGCGAGACUGCUCUGCCUCAGACUACAUUAUGUAGAAAAAUAUAAUGUAGAAAAAUGUAUAUUAUUUAAGAUUCUUAUAUUCGUAUGAUGGAGUAAUAUAUAUAUAUUACUCCAUCACAUAUACAGUGCCCUCCAUAAUUAUUGGCACCCCCGGUUAAGAUGUGUUAAAACCCUUAAAAUAAAUUCAGUGUUUAUUGCAGAAGAAUACUGUCACACUGAAAAUUUUAGGAAAAUGUAACUCAAAUGAAUUGUAAGAAAAUGAAAAAAAUCCCUGACUAAAAAUAAUUUUUCAUUAAAUAACCUGUUUCACAAUUAUUGGCACCCUUAACAAUUCCCAGGAAAUAAAUAUAUUUGAAACAUUUCUGUCAUUUCUACAGUAGUUUACAAAGUUUACCAGAGUAUGUAGGAACAUUUAAUUAGUAAUUCAUCACUUCCUGUUUCCCUGGGGUAUAAAUAUGACGUGACACAGAGGCUAUUUCUCUUAUCCACUCUUAAACAUGGGAAGGACAAAGGAAUACAGCAUACAAGUGAGGCAGAUGUGCGUCGACCUUCACAGGUCAGGCAGAGGCUACAAGAACGUUGCCAGUCAAUGGCAACUGCCCAUAUCCACUGUGAGAGGAAUAAUUAAGAAGUUCAAAACAACUGGAACUGUGGUAAACAAGCCUGGAAGAGGACCCAAAUUUAUUUUGCCACCACGCACAGUGAGGAGAAUGGUAAGAGAAAUCUAAAGAUCUCCAAAGCGCAACUGUUACAGAAUUACAACAAAUGGUAGCAUCCUGGGGUCACAAAGUCUCCAAAUCAACCAUCAGGCGCUGUCUACAUGCCAAGAAGUUGUUUGGGAUGCAUGCACGGAGAAAACCUUUCCUCACUCACAAUAAUAAACGCAGACGUCUGGUGUUCCCCAAGCAGUAUUGGGGCUUCAACUGGGACCGUGUGCUUUGGUCAGAUGAGACCAAGAUUGAGCUUUUUGGCAACAAACACUCAAAGUGGGUCUGGCGUGCCGCGAUAGAUGCGCAUGCUGAAAAGCACCUCAUACCCACUGUGACGUAUGGGGGUGGGUCAGUGAUACUGUGGGGCUGUUUCGCUUCCAAAGGCCCUGGGAACCUUGUUAGGGUGCAUGGCAUAUACCAAGACAUUUUAAAUCAAAAUCUGUUGCACGAAAGCUGAAGAUGGGUCGUCACUGGGUCUUUCAGCAAGACAAUGACCCCAAACAUAUGGCCAAAUCGACAGAAAUGGUUCACCAAAUCAAGCUCCUCCCAUGGCCAUCUCAGUCCCCAGACCUCAAUUGCCACACAUUGCCUCCAUUUGAAAACCUGUGGGGUGAGCUGAAGAGGAGAGGACCCAGGUCUCUGGAUGAUUUAGAGAGAUUCUGCAAAGAGGAAUGGCUGAAGAUCCCUUUCUGUCUUUUCCCAUCUUGUGAAACAUUAUAGGAGAAGAUUAGGUGCUGUUUUGUUGGCAAAAGGGGGUUGUACAAAGUCUUAACACCAGGGGUGCAAAUAAUUGUGACUCACAUUAUUUGAUGUCAAAUAAUUAUUUAUGUGGGAUUUUUUCCGCACUGAAUAAAUGCACUUGUAUUGAAGGUUGGAUUAUUAGAAGCUACAAAAACACAUCUUAACCAGGGGUGCCAAUAAUUACGGAGGGCACUGUACCACCUAAAAUUAUAAUGUGUACCUUGUGUGACUGUACUCCCAACAUUUGGAGAUGUACCAUGUGCAUCAUGGGUAUUAAAGAUGGCGACUCGCUUGUCAUUAUUAGCAGUCUGACGAAGACCACUCUUGCUCGCUAAAUAACCUUUGCAUAUGGGGGCUCUUUGGUGUGCUAAUAACUUUUUCCUUUUUGAUUCUUUAUUUGGAGAUCCAGCACCCAACCCAUGUGGUUUCAGGGAUGUGUGUGUCCUAUUGUUACUAUAUCUCUGUUGCAAUAUGUCAUAAAAUGUAGUAAUGGUAAAAAUAAAAAAGUGCAGAAAAAAGAAAACAAAUAUAUAAUUUCUUAUCUACAGUCAAGAAAAUUAAGUAUUUGAACACCCUGCUAUAUUGCAAGUUCUCCCACUUAGAAAUCAUGGAGGGGUCGGAAAUUUUCAUUGUACGUGCAUGUCCCCUGUGAGAGAGAGAGAUGAUCUAAAAACAAAAAUCCAGAAAUCAAAAUGUAUUAUUAUUAUUUAUUUUUUUUAUGAUUUAUUUGUGUGAUACAGCUGUAAACAAGUAUUUGAACACCUGAGAAAACCAAUGGUCAUAUUUGGUACAGUAGCCUUUGUUUGCAAUUACAGAGGUAAAAUAUUCCCUGUAAUUGUUCACCAGGUUUGCACACACUGUAGGAGGGAUUUUGGCCCACGCCUCCACACAAAUCUUCACUAUAUCAGACAGGUUUCUGGACUGUUGCUGAGAAACACAGAGUUUCAGCUCCCUCCAAAGAAUUUCCAUUGGGUUUAGGUCUGGAGACUGGCUAGGCCACGCCAAAACCUUGAUAUGGUUCUUACGGAGCCACACCUUGGUUUUCCUGGCUGUGUGCUUCGAGUCAUUGUCAUGUUGAAAGACCUAGCCACAACCCAUCUUCAAUGCUCGGACUGAGGGAAAGAGAUUUUUCCCCAAGUAGGCAUGGUGUUCUUGGGAUGGAACUCAUCAUUUGUCCUCCUCCAAACGCGUUUGUUAAAUUAUGACCAAAAAGUUCAAUUUUGAUCUCAUCUGACCACAAAACCUUCUCCCCUGACUCCUCUAUAUCAUCCAAAUGGUCAUUGGCAAAUUUAACACGGGCCUUGAUAUGUGCUGGUUUAAGCAGGGGAAGCUUCUGUUCCUUGCAUGAUUUCAAACCAUGAUGUCUUAGUGUAUGACCAACAGUCAUCUUGGAAACAGUGGUCCCAGCUCUUUUCAGGUCAUUGACCAAGUCCAGUCGUGUGGUCCUGGGCUGAUUCCUCACCUUUCUAAGUAUCAUUGAGACCCCAUGAGGUGAUAUCUUGCAUAGGGCUCCACUCCGAUUGAGAUUGACCGUCGUGUUUUGCUUCUUGCAUUUUCUAAUGGUUGCUCCAACAGUGGACCUUUUUUCACCAAGCUUCUUGGUAAUUUCUCCUUUCCAGCCGUGUGGAGUUGUACAUUUUGGUCUUUGGACAGCUCUUUGUUCUUGGCCAUGUUACAAGUUUGAGUCUUACUGAUUGUAUGGGUGUACAGGUGCCUUUAUGCAGCUAACGAUCUCACACAGGUGCAUCUGAUUUAGGAUAAUACAUGGAGUGGAGGUGGACUUUUAAAGGCGGACUAACAGGUCUUUGAGGGUCAGAAUUUUAGCUGAUAGACAGGUGUGCAAAUACUUAUUUGCAGCUGUAUCACACAAAUAAAUCGUUAAAAAAUAAACUUACUUUGAGAUUUCUGGAUUUUUCACAGUGGACAGGGACCUACGAUGAAAAUU